GAUCAGAGAGAACGACAUGCAACUACAUGGAUGGAGUCUUCCAGCAAAUGGCACUGAAUCACAGCACAAAAAUGUUAACAAUCUGUGGACCGAACAGCAACACAAGCCAUUCCUUUGGCCAAAAUAUAAAAUAUGGUUCCAUUGUCUUAUAAGGCUACGUCCUGCCAGAGGAACAAUCCAGUAUCAGUGGCUUUCAGACCUCCAUUAAGUCACUGCUAUUCUUGGUAACACUGAGCAGAAGUGAGGGUCCUGUUCAUAUCAUCAGUGUUUGGCACAGAUUUAAUGAUGAAGUAGAACACGAAACUGCAUCCUGUUAUCGGAUCAGAUUUUUCCCUGCUAUCUUGUGUUUUUAACUUUAACACACAAACACAAACACACACACACACACACACACACACACACACACACACACACACACAAGGCGAGUACAUGGCUGAUUUUUCAUCUCCACCGUGUUGUUGAUUAUCGUGAGCCUAUCUCUCGUGUUUAGCAGCAGAUCAUUUCCUGUGGUUUAGUCACUCAGGAAAUACAAAUGUCUUUUUUUUUCUUUUUUGUUUUUUAAGAGAAGAAUCAAACGUGGCUAUGCAGACUGUAGAAAUGACUUUUGGUCUUUAUUGAACUCACUUUUGAAAGAUUUUAAAGGAUGAAGGGAAAAACGAAGACCCGCCCAAGAUGUUUUCAAUACCGAAUUCCACAAAUAGUCUUAGUUACUCUCUGUUCCAGAACACAGACAGACAGAACGAGAAACAGACAGAGAGAUAGAGAGGGAGAGAGACAGACAGACAGAGAGGGAGACAGACAAAGAGACAGACAGAGAAAGUGAUAGACAGACGGAAAGAUACAGGCAGAUGGAGCGAGAUAGAGAGACAGUCAAAUAGACAGACAGACAGAAAGAGAGAGAGAGAUAGACAGACAAACAGAAAGUCAGACAGACUGAUAGACAGUAAUGACCUUAUCUGGGCAAAGUAUGAACAAUUUGAUUUAGACCUAAAAAAGGAUUUUCGCCCGAACGCCAGGUUUGGAAUAUUACACUCCGUCAUUUCAUGGUUCUCAGCCCGAGCGCAGCCUGCAGUACCACCCACCAUCCCAAGGCCAAGGAAUGCUUGUUAUGGCGAACCUCCACAUGCAUCUCAGUGAAAAAGGGCCAGAAUGUCACCCUCAGCUGCCCACUGAAGAUCAAAGAGAACAUUGGGGCUGUGACCUGGUACAAGCAGAACUCUGGUGAAGGUGUGAACUUGCUGCUGAACUACAACCUCACGGUGCCUCCACAUGUGCGUUACGCUGCAGGAGUGAACAAACACAGAUACGUGGUGUUACACCGGAACAGAAACAGAGUCCGUCCCCGCUUACGCAUCCUAAAUGUCGAGGAAAUCGACACGGCAACUUAUUAUUGCGGAUAUUCGGAAAAACCGCAGGAGCAGAAGGACAUCUCGGGAAAACCCGAAUAACACAAGCCGUAGGAUCUUUGUGUGAGGGUGUUAGACGCCUGUGUGUGAGUGUAUGAUCUGUGCAAAAAGCAAAACUCGUUACACACACAGUCGCCACAUGUUCCUCGUGUCAUCUUCAAUAAAUAAAUGAAGAUAUCAAUAAAAA